AUGCUGAGGCUGGAAAGGCACUCCUUUGCCUGGACAAACCUGGGCAACGUGCUGAGGGAGCUUGAGGACCUCGAGGAAGCCACCAAGUGCCAUCGCCGCGCCCUCUCCCUCACUCCCCACCGCCCCCGUGCCAACUACAACCUCGCCGUCACCCUGCAGACAGCAGAGCAGCACGAGGAGGCCCAGCGCUACUAUGAGCUGGCCAUCGAGCACCACAGGAAGGAGCCGCAGCAAGGAUUCGACGUCUCCCGCGCUCACUCCAACCUCGGGGUCACACAUCAAGCACAAGGACGACUCGACGAGGCUGCCAGGAGUUUCGAGGAAGCCCUCGCGCUCUCUCCGAGUAUGAGGAGCGCGUCUUUGAACCUCUGCAACGUCAAGCUGCCGCUGUCAGGGUACGAGGAGGCGAUCAGAUGCUUUGACGCCCUGCUAGCUCGAGAUGGAGAUUUUGACAAGGCUGUCAGCAGCGCGGCAGGAGUUCAUCACCUUGCGCAGAACCUUGAAAAGGCGUCAGAGCUUUACAGGUAA